AUGUCUCCCAAACAUUCACCUCAUCAACCUUCAGGGGUUAACAGCACCCAUGCACCCCCGCACCUCUCCACCAUCUUCUCCACCAGCCAUACUAACACCACCGUCAACCCGGCUGGAGCUGCCAUAUCCGGCUUCUUUAACAACCUGCUGAACAAAAUCCCCUUGCCUCGAUGGGCGGUCUACGCCAUCUUUGUGGCCGGCGGCCUGCUGAUUCUGCUCUGCUUCCUGUGUAUCUGCAUCAAGUGCUGCUGCCGGGGGAAGAAGAAGAAGCAGAAGAAGAAGAAGGAAGAGAACGUCAACCUGAAGAGCUUGAACGGAAAAAUCUCCUCGUCUCUGGUCCAGCCUGAUGUGUCGGAUGUGGAUUACGGUUCGACCCACCAGCAGAGAGGAAAGCUGCUCUACUCUCUGGACUACGACACCGCUCAGUCUCAGCUCAAUGUGGGGAUCAAACAAGCCACCAGCCUGAAGGCCAUGGACCUGGGAGGAAGCUCUGACCCGUACGUCAAAGUCUACGUCUGUCCAGACAAAAGUAAAACCUGUGAGACCAAAGUGUUCAGACACACGCUGAACCCCGCCUUCAACGAACAGUUCAACUUCCCGAUAUCCAAGUCUACUCUCAUGAAGUCGACGGUGGUGAUGCAGGUGUACGACUUCAACAGAUUUUCCAAACACGACAUCAUCGGCGAGCUCCGGCUUCAGCUGUCCACCGUUGACUGGAACCACGUCAUCGAGGAGUGGCAGGACCUCGCCGAGCCCGCCAAGUUUGAGGAUGAGAACCUGGGGGAGAUCUGCUUCUCUCUGCGUUACGUUCCCACUGCCAGCAAACUGACUGUGGUGAUCCUGGAGGCCAAGAACCUGAAGAGGAUGGACAUCGGAGGAACCUCAGAUCCUUAUGUGAAGGUGCAGUUGGCUUUGGACAAGAGGAAGUGGAAGAAAAAGAAGACGUCCAUUAAAAAGAAAACGUUGAACCCUUAUUACAACGAAUCCUUCACAUUCGACGUGACGUUUGACCAAAUCCAGAGGAUGAACCUGGUGAUCUCCGUGUGGGACCACGACGCCAUGACCCGCAACGACGCCAUGGGGAAGAUCUUCCUGGGCUGCGACGCCUCGGGGAACCAGCUGAGGCACUGGGCCGACAUGUUGGCCAAUCCGCGGCGGCCGGUCGCUCAGUGGCACAGCCUGUUGUCGGCCCAGCAGGUCAACUCCACCCUGUCGCUAAAAAACAAGAUCCCCCUCUCUGAUAAACUGCCCUUCUGA